CACUCUGACCCAGGUCAUAAUUAACUCUGCAUCCAUUCACUAUUUUUUGCUCUGUCUAUAUAUAUUAUAGUUCCAUCCAUCACUGCAAAAAGCCUAAAGCCUGUUACACACACUGCCACCAAAGACCACCCUUUUUCUUCUAUUUUGCCCUGCCCCUAAACAAGAGAAGCAGACACACACACACACAUUGGUGGUUUCUUCUUCUAAAAAAUGGGUGAGAAAGAUGAUGGCUUAGGGUUGAGUUUGGGUUUGAGUUUGGGAGUGAAUCAACAACCUCCUCCUUUCAAUCACAUGCACAAACCUCAACAACUCCUUCCCAUCAAUCACAACAACAUUUCCUUUGGUGAUUUGUUUCACCUACCAGAUCGGAGCUCCGACGUGGCGCGAGGAAUCGACGUGAAUUCUGCGGCGGAGUGCGACGAAGACAACGGUGUCUCGUCGCCGAACAGCGCGGUGUCGAGCGUGAGCGGCGGCAAGCGCGGCGAGAGGGAGGACGAUAAUGCCGCCGGCGUGGGCGGCGAGAGGACGUCGUGCUCGCGUGGGAGCGACGACGACGAAGGCGGAGGAAGCGGCGGCGACGGCGGGAGGAAGAAGCUGAGGCUGACGAAGGAACAGGCUAUGGUUUUGGAAGAAACGUUCAAGGAGCAUAACACGCUGAAUCCGAAAAGGAAGCAAGCGUUGGCAGAGAAGUUGAAUCUGAAGCCUAGACAAGUAGAGGUUUGGUUUCAGAACAGAAGAGCAAGGACCAAGUUGAAACAAACCGAAGUGGAUUGUGAAUACUUAAAGAGAUACUGUGAGAAUUUAACUGAAGAGAAUAGAAGGAUGCACAAAGAGCUCCAAGAACUUAGGGCACUGAAAUUAUCUCCACAAAUGUACAUGCAUAUGAACCCUCCCACCACUCUUACAAUGUGCCCUUCUUGUGAGCGUGCUCACUCCUCUGCAUCCUCCUCCUCUCCUGCCACUGGCCACUCGGCAACUGCACCAAACAAUCGUAAAUUGUUUGGUGCAAAUAUUCGACGGACAGCACCGGUUAGCACAUGGCCAUUUGAAGGUUCAGUCUCUCGACCAUAAUUGAUCGAGGGUAAUGAGAUGAUUUUGGGGAUGAUGUCUAGACAUUUUUAGUUACUAGACAUGUAUGCAUGGAAUGUGAAAAAAAAAAUCAAAUUAAUUGCAAUGGAACACUAAUUUGUGGUU